CAAAGGAGAGGAAGUCAGGGUCUGUCUGUGGUGCGGUGACAGCAGAGAGAAGCACAUCCACAACAAACAGCUACAACCUCGUCCGUUGAAAAAAAGAAAAUCCACAGACCUCCACAGACAUGUCGACGAACACCGUGUCCGCACGCUUCAGACGAGUGGACGUGGACGAGUACGACGAGAACAAAUUUGUGGACGAGGAGGACGGAGCGGAGAACCAGCUGGGUCCCGAUGAAGCAGAAGUGGACUCACUCAUCAGGCAAGGAAAUCUGACAGAGGCUUUAAAUGCAGUUCUGAAGAAUCCACCAAUCAACACAAAGAACCAGAAUGUCAAGGAUCGUGCUGAGGGUCUGGUGGUGAGAGUCCUCAGUGCCUUUAAGAGCAGUGACAUUGAGAAAGCGGUGCAGUCUCUGGAUAAGAAUGGUGUCGAUCUACUGAUGAAAUAUAUAUACAAGGGCUUUGAGAGGCCGUCUGAAAAUAGCAGCGCCGUCCUUCUGCAGUGGCACGAAAAGGUUCUGGCCGCUGGUGGAGUGGGCAGCAUCGUCAGGGUUCUAACAGCGAGGAAGACGGUGUAAAAGAGAAACUAAGGAUUGGCUCACUCCACAUCGCUGACAGAUAACGGGGGAUGUGCUCCACUGUCGUGUUCUCACUGUAUAAUGUAGGAGAUGGCAUAGGGGCUAAAAGGAAAAACAGAUUUUUAAUCCAAUGUGAUCCUACCGUGAUAAAAGCUUCUUAAAGAAACAUCUGGGUCACAUUGCGUUAAACGCUGUUUUUCCUUGUUUCUCCCUUAUGCAUGGUCACCGCCCACUAAAUUGUGUUUCUCACAGAGUGCUACAGAAAGCUUCUCGCCUCAUGUCUCUGUAUCGCUUCCUUCAUCUUUUGAAUCCCCCUCCAAGUCAUUCCGUUACUUUAUGGUCCAAUAUCAACACCAGUGUGGGGUAGUAGCCUCACUGAAGCCUGAUUUACACUCAGAUAUUUUGUCGUGCAAUGUAAUAGGUAGUUACCAUCUCCAUGAAGAAGUUUGAUCCUGUUACACAGAGAUGACUGAAAUGUUUCACUGGAGCAUAAAUUAAAAGCAUUUCAAGCUGUAGUGUGUAACAUUCAAAUCUAAACAAAGGUGCGUUACAUUCACAUCAUUGUCAAAUGAAGUUUACACAAUGCACAUUAAGCCUGUCAGCUCCACACGACUGUGUUUCUCAACAGAGAAGACUUAAGACUUCACAAAUGUAUUUUAAUCACAAUCACAGCUUCUCGCGAAAACAUGACUGUGCGAUAUUGAAGUCAAGUGCUCCCUGAACAGCUGUCGGCUUGUGUUUGUGAAACCAUAGCUGCUGCUGUUUCCUUCACCAUGCAGCUCCAAUGAAGUUUCACUCGAUUCAGUCUCGGUAACUCUACGUUAAAAGACUGUACUGUAGAAACAGCAUCAGAAGACUUCACUGCUUCUGUGCACUCAUCCCUCAACUACUGUAUAUUCUCCAUAUGACCAGCUACCCUUGUUAUGGAUCAUUACCCACGAUGCAGCUCCAGUGUUUAUUUUAAUCCCACGAAACGGUUCCUCACAUCCUGUGUCUGACUUUCUGCUGCACUCUGUGCUACUGUACAGGUGUACAAUGUGGCUCUGCUACCACUUGUCAUCAUAGCAGAGGUGCGUUUAUUCUGUACGAUCAUCACCUUUUCUAGGAUUUUUGUUAUUUUUUAUAGUUUGGUAUUUAACAGAACAUAUAAUCUAGGAUUAUACAUUUUCCUAUUGUCAACUAAACUGACUUUUAAGGCAUGUUGUAAAGGAGAGAUGAUUUAAUAUCAUUUAUAUUCUGGUGUCUGGUGAGAGUGACUUUGAGAAAAAUAUAGUUUGCAUGAUCCCCCUUUUUUGAGCUUUUGGUUAUUUUCUCAAGCCUUUCGUACUUUUGUCUCUUUUGUACAUGUUUCGUGUCUCUUCCGAGAAAAAAUAUGUGAUUUGUAUUGGAAGUUGUUCAAAUCCUUCACACAGUAUUUGUCUUUAUACGUCGUACUCUUAAUUCCCAGAUAUUUUAUGAAGUGAGGAACAUUUGCAAAGUUUUGUCUGCCUUAUCAGGAGGAUUAUGUCUGUUGCCAAAAUGUUGCUUUCAUGAAAAUAAUUAGUAGCUCCCAUUGAUGAUUAAGUCACCUGUUUAUAUUUGAGGAAAAAUCUUAAAUUAAAAGUCAGCAUAAAUCCAUUCUGUUACAUUUAACUCUAUGAGAUAUGCAGACAAAGAUGUAA